AUAAACAUUAAUCAGUAAACUAUUUUGUGUACAUAUAAUAAUAAUAAUAAUUCUAUCAUGAAGUUUUAUAAAGCUAAAGUGGCCGAUGUAUUACGGUUGCACCAAAGGGAUGAAUUAUUUAUAAUGGAUGCAGAACAAAAAAUGCACCUGUUUUUAAAAUUGAUGGGAUCAGGCAAUUAUCACAGGUUGAAUUCUUCCAUUUCUACUAUAGCAAGAGUUUGGUAUUAUUUUAUGACAUCUAUGGAAAAAUUACAAACUUUGGGUGAAGAGUAUACUGGAACAAUAAGAUUUAAUACUAGUAAUCAGAUUCCUUCGAAAUCUUUGUCACUUUUAUGGUUGAUACUACAUGUUGGGGGAGAACCUAUGUUGGAUAGGAUAUUAAAUUAUUCCAGGAAAAAGAUUUCAGCAAAUCAAAAUUUACGAAGUGAUGCAAAAUCUUUACUACUGAAAUGUAUUGCAAUUAUAAAAGAAGAAAAAUCAACACUCAAAAGGAUACACAAUGCAUUAUUCUACAUGGAUGGAAGAUAUUAUAAUAUUUCUAAUAGAGUCACAGGAAUUCAGUAUGUACUACUGAGACAAUGGCUGGAAGAUGAUACUUUUACAGGAAGUUUUUCGAUCUUGGGUAAUUUAUCUUUAUUCUAUGUCUUAUUAAAUUUUGUUAUGAAGAUGUUUACUCCAAGUAGCAGUUACAACACCCUGGAAUCCGAAAUGUCUGCAGUAACUUCGAAGAAAGGAUGCAUUUUGUGUACAGAAAAUAUUAAAUCAGCCUGUUCAACCCCCUGUGGACAUAUAUUUUGUUGGAAUUGUAUAUAUGAGAGUUUACAGUACCAGAAAAAUUGUCCCAUUUGUAGGGAAGAAGUUAGUCCUAGUAGAAUUAUAUUUUUGCAGAAUUUUAUAUGAAUGAUCAUUAAAUAUAUAAUUUCGUUAGUAA